AUGCCUCGCACGAAUUCAAGUGAAACAAAAUCAAAAACCGUUAAAAUUGCUAAGUUACCCACUGUUGAGGAACGCUUAGGCUAUUUACGUCCGUCCAGAGAAUUGCUUGAAUAUUAUCGACGUAAAAUUGCUCAGUAUGAUAAUGAACGCGAUGAAAUGCUACAAAAACUGGAACGUUAUAAAUUAGCGUAUGAAGAGCAGCAUAAACUCGAAUGGGAAUUACGUAAACGUGAAAGUGAUAUUGUUGAACUACAAAAAGCAAUUAGUGAUUUACAAAUCUAUUUAUUUCAAGAACGAGAACAAGUAUUAAGAUUAUAUUCAGAAAAUGAUCGACUAAAAAUUCAAGAGCUUCAAGAUCGCAAGAAGAUCAAUCGUCUAUUAAAUCUUUGUGGUGUUAGUGAAGAAGAAAUAACUUAUUUUAUUAAAGAACCACCAGGAAAGGGAAUUAUUGAACAAAAAAUAUCUCCUGUCGUUAUAAAUGAACGACAACCACAGUCAUCAUCAAAAAUAUCCCAUUCUCGUCCAGAUACUACUACAAAAAAGUCAUCAUCAACCGUUGAUCACACUACAUCAUCAUCAAAUCAAAUUCGCGAUAAUGAAACAUUAACAUUACAGAUAGAUGCAUUACAGGCACAGCUUGAAGAACAAACAAAAUUAGCUAAAGAACAAAUUGAAUCAUUACUCGAAGAUAGACGGGUAAGAAUCGAAGAAUACGACGUACAACGAAAAAGAGAUGAAGAAAGAAUUAAACAUUUCCAAGAAAAAUUAACGUUAACUCAAAAUUUAUUACAUGAAUCAACAAAAGAUUGUCUAGAAUCGAAAUAUGAAUUACGUCAUGCUGAGCGUACAUGGUUAAGCGAAAAAGAUCGUCUAUUGCAAGAAUUAGAUAAAAGUGAUAAACAUGAAAAACGAACAGAAGAUGAAAUUUUAUUUUUAAACGCGUCAAAUGAUUAUUCACAACAAAAUAUGCAUGAUACCCUCUAUUUGGAAGAAGAACGUAAAAAAUAUGAAGAUGAAAUUCACCAAUUAGAACAACAAUUACAACAAAGUCAUAAACUAUCAGAAAUGUACAGAAAUCAAGUAUUAUCAUUGGAAGAGCAAUUAUGUAAAAUUAGAGAAGAAGGAGAUGUAACGAGAGAAAUAUAUAAGGAUCGAUCAGAUAAAAUAGCUCGUCGUUUAACAUUGUCCAAUGAUCGUUAUAAAGAGCUUGAAAGACGACGAAAUAUGGAGAUUGAAGGAUUUAAAAAUGAUAUUAAAAUUUUGAGGCAAAAAUUAAAAUAUGUUGAAAAACAACUAUUUAGGGUGACGGUUAAUUUUACUGGUAAUGCUGAUGAAAUCGAUGUUUUACAAAAUGUUAAAGAAACUGCAGAACGUUCAAAAGAAAUGCAAGGUGAAUUAAAUCAUUUGAAAGCAAAAAUAUACGGCUUGGAAAAUGAUCUUCGGCAUUUAUAA